CGAGAAAUAGAGCCAUCAGAAUGAUGCUUGACACGAUAGACCUAACGGUUCCCAAGAACAUUAUAAUGAGGCAGGUGGGGCACGAAAUCCCAUGUGUGAUUGACCAAUAAAGCUUCAUUUUCUGCCGAGGGCAGUGGACCGCUCAUUGUAUUAGAGAGCCUCCUUGAUAGUGUGGGGAUAAAGAGGAGGCGGCCCAGGUUGGAGUUGGGCAGUAAAUAGUCGCUUCUUGGGACGUAAAAUACUCCUAUGAGCCAGAGUUUGCAUGAGAUGAGACCUCAUGAUGGGUGGCGGGGGACCAGAAGAGAGAGGUGGCCCAGAUGGUGGAGUAACCAGCCCAGCAGGAGUGGGCGAAUGGGAAGGGCCCGACAGAGAGGCAUCUUGCGCUGGGGAAGCAUCUUGCGUUGAGGAGGAAUGGGCCGGUGGAAGCCCACUGGUGGAAACGGGAGUAGAGCAGCUCGGCAAAAGGGAAAUGGUAGGCGACUGGUCGAGUAGCCAAGUGGCUAGUUGUGGCGGCUCGGUCGAAGUGGUAGGGAGACAACCUAGAAAUUCAUUCUCAACAAAGACAACGUGACGGGACAGAAAAGGCGGUGAGUGGUGGGAUUGAAACAACGAUAGGCAUUGCGUUGAGGACAAUAACCUAGAAAGAGACAUGGACGAGACCGGGGAUUGAGCUUGUGAGAAGAAUAAGGACGGAGUCAAGGAUAGCAUAAACAACCAAAAACUCGAAGUUUGUGAUAGUUAGGAGGCAAGCUGAAGAGGAGAGUGUAGGGAGUUUUACCACGUAAGGCGGAGGAAGGUAGGCGAUUAAUAAGAUAGAUAGUAGUGGAGAAAGCAAAGGGCCAAAAAGAAGUAGGGUGCUUAGCAUGAUGCAGCAAAGUGAUACCCGUUUCAACGAGAUGACGAUGUUUUCUUUCAGCCAGACCAUUAUGUUCAGGAGUACGAGGAGGAGUAAGAAGAUGAGUGAUGCCAUGGUUAAUAAGAUCAUAACGCAAUU